GCAUAUUAGAAUCGGCUCCUAAACACGCAAAAUGCACAAACGCAUAAUGACUAAUGCGAAAUUCCGGCGCCCUAAUAGGGCCCAAGGCUUUCAAGCUAUUCAUUACUAUAAUCAAUGAAUCACUUCAUCAUGUUGUGCGAUAUCAUUGCUUUACUUGAUAAGAUUCUUGAUCAUUAUUUCUGAUGCUCUGAAAACCAGCAUUAUAUUCUGGUUUUACCGAAGCAUCUCAAAUUGUAUAUGAUGUGGGAAGAGAUUAAAAACUUUUGGUAUGAGAAAUGAGUGAUAUUUUUCUCUGACAAUAAAAUGUGUCUGAGGAAUAAAAGACUCAGGGAAGUGAAUUUGGAGUCUCAUGGAUUCUCAAUGAGGAAGAAGAAGAGAAGCUGGUUUAGUUUGGUGAAAAGUCUCUUUGUUCCCGAGCCGAAUUCGAGGGCUCAAAAGAAAUCAAAGUGGUGGAAAUGGGUUUUCGGAGGGGUUAGGCCAGAGAAUUACCCUACACUUGUAUCGGUAUCACCACAGAGAUUAAUAAAUCAAGCAAGAGAAGAGCAGAGAAAGCAGGCAAUGGCUGUUGCCAUUGCAACGGCGGCUGCAGCCCAGGCGGCAAUGGCUGCCGCCAAGGCUGCAGCUGAGGUUGUCCAGCUCACCGGCAUUCCUAGGUCUUUCCAAGAGUACGAAAAGAGGAUACAGAAUUCGGCUGCCAUUAAAAUUCAAGCAGCUUAUAGGGCUCAUCUUGCAAGAAAAGCACUGAAGGCAUUGAAGGGAUUGGUGAAGCUUCAAGCAAUGGUGCGAGGCCGAAUUGUGAGGAGGACAGUAAUCCCCAAAUUGAAGUGUCUGCCACCCAUUUCAAAGUCACAAUCACAAGUUCAAGAACUGAGAGUUCCAAAUGAGAGAUUCAAAGAUGAUGAUCAAAAGAACCAGUUUCUUAGCCCAAAAGAAGAGUUGGCAGAGAGAAACACAAGUCAGCUUGGGUGCAAGAGUCAGAAAAACUGGGAUUAUAGGCUGUUGUUUCCGAAGGAGGACAUGGAGGCCUUGUGGCUGCAGAAGCAAGACGCCGCGGCGAAGAGAGAGUGCAUGAAGAAGUACUCGUAUUCCCAUCGGGAGAGGAGAAACUAUCAAAAUAUGGGAAGUGGAAGAUGGAGCAACCAAUUAGACCCAAGGGUGGAUUCUGAAUCAUGCAGAAGAAGAGAAUUGAAUUCCACUGCGUCUUCAAAUCCCAUGUCCUUUGGAGUCUAUGGAACCACACAAAUGAUGAAACAGAGAAACUUAACCAAACAGAAUCCUGUUGGAGAAAUGAAUUCCCAACUGACACUCCCAAGGAGAUCAUUUUCUCAUGUCAAACACAAGUCCAUUGGUGAUGAAAGUUCCUUGCCAAACUCUCCAAUUUUUCCCACUUACAUGGCUGCCACUGAAUCCACCAAGGCAAAGGAAAGAUCAUUCAGCACACCGAAGCAACGGCUGGGAAUCUUCGAUAACAUUACCGAUUACCAUUCACCUUACAAACUCAGGCUCUCAUCUUGGUCUUCUUUUGAUGGCGAAUCUGUUGGCAAAAACGGUGGAUGGAAAGGCAAUUCUUCGCAUAUUUCUCUCGGCAUGAAAGGUCUUUUCAGAGAUUGACAAGAUUUUUUCUCCGGUUGGCUUGUUGAGUUUCUUUGUUUUAACUUUUAAGUGAUUUUUUGGUGGUCUUCUGCUAAGCAGUGUGUGUAAAUAGAGUUGCAAAGUUUUUAUUC